AGGACCAAAACCUAGUAAUCUACAAUUCCAGUGGUCAAAGGUAAGUUACUGUGGUUUAGGAUGGCGUUCAAUUGAGUUGACACCUUUAAAAUCAGUGCCACUACAAGGACCAAAACCUAGUAAUCUACAAUUCCAUCGCGAGUCAUUUGUGUUGGGUUGAUAGCAGAAAACAUAUAGUAAGGAAGAAGGAACGGAAUCGAAAUGGGAAGCGAAGGUGAGAAGAAACCAAGAAUCAUGUGCCUUCAUGGGUUCAGAACCAGUGCAGAAAUCCUCAAAAAACAGUUGCACAAAUGGCCCCUAUCGGUGCUCGACAACCUCGACCUCGUUUUCGUCGAUGCCCCUUUUCCUUGCCAGGGCAAAUCCGACGUCGAAGGGAUUUUCGACCCUCCUUACUACGAGUGGUUUCAAUUCAACAAGGAAUUUACGGAGUAUACCAACUUUGAUGAAUGCCUUCAAUAUAUCGAGGAUUGCAUGAUCAAGUACGGACCUUUUGAUGGUCUUCUUGGUUUCUCACAGGGUGCUAUACUAUCAGCUGGGCUGCUAGGUCUUCAGGAGAAGGGCGUGGCCCUCACGAAGGUUCCCGUGGUGAAAUUCAUAAUAAUAAUAGGAGGGGCAAAGUUUUUGUCACCAUCGGUGGUUGAGAAUGCAUAUUCUACCCCAAUUAGCUGCCCCUCCCUUCAUUUUCUAGGGGAGACAGAUUUCUUGAAGCAAUAUGGGUGUGAACUAAUAGAAUCCUGUGUUGAACCCAUGGUGAUCCAUCAUCCCAAAGGUCACACAAUACCAAGAUUAGACGAGGAGAGUUUGAAGACCGUGAUGACUUUCAUCAAAAGAAUUAAAAAAGAUGCCUGAGCAAUGAGUUUAGACGAAAAGCCAAUGCCUCACUUUUUGAGUUUCUUUUUUUUUUUUAUAAAUAAAGUUAUGAAAUGAUUAUAUUUACAAUUUUUUUAUUUAUAAACUGUACUAUGUACCCCGAAUAAUAUAAAGACUUGAAGUUGAAUAAAAGUACAUAAUU